CGAUAGGUGUGCAUGUGUGUGAUCGUCGGAGGUAGUUUUCUGCAUCUCUCUCUCUCCCUCUCUCCCUUUCGCCUCUCGUUGCCCUCACUGAGCUUACACUUGUUCGACGGCUGCGGUCCUCAAAAGCUUGAGUUCGGGAUACUCGCUUGAUUCAUUGUCGUCAUGGCGUCCGCUUCCGCAUCUCCUCCCCCACGACGGCGCUGGAAGCAAGUUCUUCUGGCGUCGUCAGGGCCAGGCAGAUACCGCAUGGCGCACAAGUAAGCAAGGCAUCGAGAUGACGAGAUGCCGCCACGCCCUGCGCUCAAAGAUGUUCUUGUCCACGUCCGUCUGGUCAUCGAAGUCCGGCAGGGGCUUUACCUUUCCUGCUCUCCAGCUCGUGCCGGUUCGCCGGGUCCCCCACGGCUCAGAGUUGGUACAGACGGGGGCCAAUGCAAACGGGGGUCAGCCAGAGCGCCCUAUCCUGCAGGAUCCUGCAACGCCAGGGGUGCAUUGACCCAGGCUAGCGCGCAGGAUCCUGCAGGAUCUUGCAGGGUCCCGCAAAGACUGACUGUCCUGGGUUUGCACUUGGCCGGGCCAGUAGAUCCCCGACGGCCACGCCAUCUGAGGGGGAGUCCCCCUGCGCGUCCUCCGCGGCGUUCUCGCCGAUCUUGGAGGGCGUCGCCGCGCCCUUGAUCGUGUAGCUCUCGCUGCGAGUGUCUGCGGCGCUCGGCGUCAACUCGUGGCGAGGCAAGCCCGGCGCGGCCCGCGGGGGCGAAUCAGCAGCGCUCAUCCCGCGCCGGCUCCCGUAUCGGGCCACGCCUCGGUGGGUGCGGCCCGCGCAGAGGCGAAUGGUGGGGCGAUCGAGACGUUCAAUGGCCCCAACAAGUGGCUAUCCAACUUCUCGUGGUCCUUGCUGCUCUUCGAGGCCGAGCAGUACCCUUCGGUGGAGCACGCAUUCCAGGCGGCGAAGCUCAAGACCAACGCGGAGCGCCGAUCUUGGGGUUUCACGCGGCCCGACCUCAGCUUCGGCGAGGCGAAGCGGCUGGGACGGAAGGUGGCGCUGCGCGAGGACCCGAUUGGAGGGACGUCCGCGAGGAUGUGAUGGCCGCCUGCCUGGCGGCCAAGUUCGAGGACCCGGGCCUUCGUGCACGGCUCCUGGCCACGGGUGACCGGGAGCUCGUUGACGGGCAUCGGGGCAGCCCAGACCUGAUAUGGGGCUACCACGUGCCCUCGCAGGCGGGCCAGAACAGGCUGGGCAUUCUUCUCAUGGAACUGCGCGCCAGGCUCCGCGCCGAGCAGGGCGGGGCCCCGCCCGGCGUCGCCCAGGGGGCCCGCGGGACUCGCGCCGCCCUGUACAAGCUCGACUGGCCCAUGAAGUGCCUGCACGAUGGCCUGCCCUCGGCCUACGCCGGCCGCAUCGCCCAGCUCGCGGGCGACGGUGGGCUGCUGGGCGGCCUGGUGGUGUUGCCAGGGCGCAUGAUCUGCAUCGCUCUGCGUGGCGACGAGGCCGGCAUCGGCAUGUGGGAGCGCAAGAUGCGCACCGAGGAUGUGGACGUGAACAGCCGGGGCAGGCCGUGCCGUGAGCGCAUGCUGGUGGAGCUGGCGCGCGAGGUGGAGACCAGCGUGACCGCCGCCAGUGGCUUCGAGCGCUGCGAAGUCUCCGAGUGGGCGGCCCUCUGCGACCGGCUGGCCGCCCAGCUGGGAGUGCCAGCGCCAAGAGUGGAGGCCGCCCUGGGGCCGGAGUGGCCGCCGCUGCCGCGCUCCGUGCGCUACGCGGACGGCCGCAGCGCCGUCGUGCUGGACGGCCAGCGGUUCCCCCUCUGCCUGAACGACGGCGGCGCCGUGGCCGUGCCGGACGCUGGCCUCGGGCCGCCAGCAGCGCAGCGGCCGCGCGGCGGUGGCGCGGAGGUGCCGCUCGCUACGGAGCGGGGUCGGCCGAGCAUCUUCGGCGGCAGGUUUGCGCGCUCGCUGGAGGGCCUGCUGGACGCGGCCGAGUGCGCGCGGCUGGUCGAGCUGACGGAGGCUGCGGGCUACGGCCUCGCAGGCUCCCGGGGUUUCAACCCGCAGGCCCGCUUCGCCCUGCGCUGCCUGGUCGACGCGCCCCAGGUGGCGGCAGCGGUGACGGCCAGGCUCUCGCAGCUGCUGCCCGCCGAGUAUCCGCCCGGCUCUGGGAGGCUCCUGGUCGGCGUCAACGAGCGGCUGCGUUUCUUGAAGUACCUUCCUGGGAUGCACCACUCCGGGGACCACACCGACUGCGCCCACGAGGAUGCGCGGGGUCGCAGCUUCCUGACCGUCCAGCUCUAUCUCAACAGCUCCUUCGUCGGCGGCCGCACGACGUUCGUGUCCGACCGCCUCGUGCCUGUUGAACCCUCCACCGGGUGCGCGGUGGUCUUCGACCACGAGUUGUACCACCGCGGUGGCAUUGUGACGGAGGGCACGAAGUACGCGGUGCGCAUGGACGUGCUCUACGGCCCCCCCGGCGGUGGCUCCGCGCCCUGCGCAGGCGCCCUGGCGCCCGGCGGCCCGCGGCCCGCGGCCCGCGCUCCCGGCGCAGCCGUGCCGGCGAAGGACGAUUCUGUGCCGGAGAGGCAGAAGACGAGCAGGUGGGUCCGCCGCGCCUAGCGGCCGCGGUGGCGGAUGAGGGCCGCGCGCCCCCGUGUGCGGCCGUCGGGCCGCGCGCGCCGGGUUGUUGUUGGUUUUCCGUUUUCCCGUCAGGCCGUUCUCCAGUGCGGGCAGGAUUCAUAUCCAUACCCAAUUCUCCGACCGUAGGCUAUUCCUCUGGGCCCUUGAAGCCCUGAGCUGCUGCUGGGAGAAGUGCUGUCCGGCCCGGGUGAUGUGGGCGACCGCUGUGUCUCCCACGAGCUACAUCAGCUCGUGAGGGGUGUCUCAGCCUCUAUGUGCCUGUGGUCGCCCGGAGCCGCGUCUGGGAGUCUCCUUGGACUAGACUGCGUUGCCCACGGGGGGCCACCUCUCGAGGAGGCCCGAACGAGCUGAUGGCAUGAAUGGGCAGCCCGCGUGACGCCAGCUCCCAAAUUCCUUAAAGCUUCGGCACGCG